AUGCAGAUCACCAGUGUUAUGCUCAGCCUUGCCAGUCUCGGCCUGAACGUUCUUCCUGUUCAGGCCGGGCCUAUUCCUGGCGCUGAAGCUGCUCUGGCGGCGCGCCACGUCUAUUCUCCCGAUGUUGACGAAGCUCCUGUUGAGAAGCGCCAUGUCUACUCUCCUGAUGUAGAUGAGGCCCCUGUCGCUAAGCGCCACGUCUACAGUGUCGACAAGGACGAGACCGUCGAGAAGCGCCACGUCUACUCGCCUGAUGUAGAUGAGGCCCCUGUCGCUAAGCGCCACGUCUACAGUGUCGACAAGGACGAGACCGUCGAGAAGCGCCACGUCUACUCGCCUGAUGUAGACGAAGCCCCCGUUGCCAAGCGUCAUGUCUACUCCGUCGAUAAGGAUGAGGUUGAGAAGCGCCACGUCUACUCUCCUGAUGUUGACGAGACUCUAAACAAGCGUCAUGUGUACUCUGUUGACAAGGAUGAGGUUGAGAAGCGCCACGUCUACUCCCCCGAUGUUGACGAGACCCCCGUUGCUAAGCGCCACGUCUACUCCGUCGACAAGGACGAGGUCGAGAAGCGUCACGUCUACUCUCCUGAUGUCGAUGAGGCCCCCGUUGCUAAGCGCCACGUCUACUCUGUUGACAAGGACGAGGUCGAGAAGCGUCACGUUUACUCUCCUGAUGUCGAUGAGGCCCCCGUUGCUAAGCGCCACGUCUACUCUGUUGACAAGGACGAGGUCGAGAAGCGUCACGUUUACUCUCCUGAUGUCGAUGAGACCCCCGUUGCUAAGCGUCACGUCUACUCCGUUGAUAAGGACGAGGUCGAGAAGCGUCACGUCUACUCCGUCGACAAGGAUGAGACUUCCGCCUAA